GAAAAAAUACUGGAAAUGAAGCACCAGCCUUUUAUGAAAGAGGCUUAUCACCAUUGGCAGAGCCACAAUGUACACAAUGCAGGAGUGGAUGACAUGGUACUCCUACAGAAGAUCUCGGUGCCAGCCAUCAGCGAGAAUCUUAAGAAACGGUUGAAAGAGAAAAUCAUCUAUACUUACAUUGGACCAGUGUUAAUAUCAGUAAAUCCAUUCCAACAGUUGCAGAUAUUUACUGAUAAACAUGUUGAUAUGUAUGAAAGAGCCGUGAGUAACCAUUUUUGUCAUUUCAUUAACAGCGGUGAAAGUGGUGCUGGAAAGACAGUUGCUGCUAAACUUAUCAUGAAUUAUAUUGUCAAAGUGUCAGGAGGAAGUGAAGCUGUAGAGGGCAAGUAUGUCCAGAUCCAAUUCGGUCUGGGUGGUGUACCUGAGGGUGGUAAAAUCUCAAAUUUCUUGUUGGAGAAGUUGUGUUUUGGAGCAAGCGAGGACCAGAAAGAGAACCUAGGAAUUGUGAAACCUGAAUAUUAUUAUUACCUCAACCAGAGUGGUGUCUAUGACAUUGAUGAUACUGAUGAUGUGAAAGACUUCAAGGAAACAAUGGUAGGUAAAUUGGUUCUUUGUUUUGUUUUGGUAAGAAAUUGGCUUCUCAACCAUGUCGUCCUGGGUUUGUUUCGGAUAGGAUAUGAGGAGAGAAUCUCUCAUGUUUUCUAUGCUCAUAUAUAUGAGGUAUCGGUGGUUGUAUGUAUAUAUCAACGUCCAAAUUAUGUUGGUGAAGCAUCUAAUGCCGAUCCCUAUAUAUUUAUGAUUAUAUAUAUAUAUAUAUUCAUUUUUCCUUUGUUUUUUAUAGUUUUAGACUUCCCUGCACACCUGUUGAGAAUCGACAAAGACCUUUUAAAUGAGAAACUCAUUGGUCGAGUGAUGGACAGCAAAUGGGGAGGAAAGUCUGAGAAAAUUGCCAUGAAGCUCAACGUCAACCAGGCUCUUUAUACCAGGGAUGCUUUAUCAAAAGCUCUUUAUAACAGGCUUUUUGACUAUCUUGUCGCGGUAAGCUCCAACAAACCGACAGCUUUCUCUUUCUCUUUCCUUUUACCUCUAAUUGGUAUUUAUAAUCCUCUAAUAUUGUUUUAUGUCAUAAAUUAUAUUCUCAACAAAUAUUCCAAAAUUUUUUUGCAGGAAGAAUACAUGGCCGAAAAUAUAAAAUGGACGCCAAUUGAUUAUUUCAACAACAAAAUAGUGUGUGACCUAAUUGAACAAAAGAAACCCCCUGGAAUUAUGAGCAUGUUAGAUGAUGUUUGUGCAACCAUGCAUGCCGUUAGUGAAGGAGCUGAUAAAAAUUUACUACAGAAACUCCAAGGCUUAGAUUCAGAAUACUACAUUGGGAAUGACCAAGGCUUCAUUUUGUUCCAUUAUGCUGGAAAAGUAGAUUAUUCCAUAGAUAACUUCUGUGAUAAAAACCGAGAUGUUUUGUUCCAAGAUUUAAUUGAAAUGAUGCAGACCAGUGAGUGUGACUUCAUCCGUAAGUUAUUUCCAGAGAAUCUCAAGGAUGCCAAGAAAGGGCGCCCGACAACUGCUGGGGGGAAAAUUAAGACUCAGGCUAAUUUAUUGGUAGAGAAGUUAAUGCAGUGUACACCUCACUAUAUCCGAUGCAUUAAACCAAAUGAAACUAAAAAACCUUUUGACUGGGAAGAGAAUCGUGUCGUUCACCAAAUAGAAUACUUAGGUCUUAAGGAGAAUAUCAGAGUCCGACGUGCUGGGUUUGCUUACAGAAGAGAAUUUCUCAAAUUUAUGAACAGAUACGCCAUUCUCACUCCUGAAACUUGGCCUCAAUGGAGAGGAGAUACUCUUCGAGGCAUCAAACAUCUGAUGGACUCUGUGAAUAUAUCACCAGACCAAUUCCAGUUGGGAACAACCAAAGUUUUCAUAAAAAAUCCUGAAUCGUUGUUCUUAUUGGAAGAAGUCCGGGAGAGAAAGUUUGACAAAUAUGCUCGAGUUAUACAGAAGGCAUUCCGUAAAUAUUAUGCUAAAAACCAAUACUACAAGCAAAGAUUAGAAGCCUCUGAUAUAUUCUUGAAUAAGAAAGAACGUCGAACCCACAGCCUCAACCGUAACUUUGUGGGUGACUACAUUGGCCUGGAUCAGAAACCAGCACUGUUAGCUUUGAUUGAAAAGAAAGAGCGGAUUGAAUUUGCUGAGACUGUGACUAAAUUUGACCGAAGAUUUAAGCCGAUGAAAAGAGAUUUGAUUUUGACAUCAAGACACUUGUAUCUGAUCGGGCGUGAAAAAGUGAAGAAAGGACCCCACAAAGGGGCUAUAAUCGAAGUAGUUAAGAGGAAGAUUCCUUUACAAGAUAUUCAAAAGAUAGUGUUAAGUCCACUUCAAGAUGACAUGUUUGUGAUUUUUGUCCAGAACCAGUAUGAAAAUUUGUUGGAAUCUGUUUUUAAGACCGAGCUUAUCUCUAUUUUAAAGAAGCGGUACCAAGAGAAGACGAAAAGAGAACUUACGGUUCUUUUCAACACAAAGCUUGAAUACAAUGUGAAGAAGGACGGCUGGCGUGGUGGUCGUCAGAAACAAGUGGAGUUUCACACAGGAGAGGGUAAUAAUGCACUGACGAAAAUCGUUGGGAAAUGUCUUCAUGUUUACAUUGGAUCUGGACUUCCAAGUGACAGCAGACCCAACAUGGAGGUAUCAAGAAAUAAACCAAGAAACAAACAUAUAGGGAAAAGCAGUGGAAGACCUCCUCCACCAUCUUCGAAACCUCCAAUGCAUAAACCUGCACCUCCAUCGUCAAAACCACCAGUUCAUGCAAUGAAAGGCAGCAGCAAGAAGAAUAUGGUUACCGAUGGACCAAAACCGAUAAAACCUAGAAAGUUAAUCAAUAAUAAUUUCAUGGAUUCUGCUCCAAAUGGUUCACAGAAAACAGCUGCGGAAAUAGAAAACAGGCCACCAAAACCUAGGAACCCCCCACCGCCUUCUCGUCCUCAAAAACCGAAACCUCAGAUGAAGCCACCUCCAAAACCAGCCCUUCCAACAUGCCGUUGUCUCUAUAGAUACGAUCCACAAAACACAGAUGAAUUGGCUUUUGAAGAAGGAGAUAUUAUAGAAAUUAUCCAUGAAGGUAAGUUGAUCUUAUUGCCAAUGAUAUUGUAUUUCAGCUCAGUUUCCAGGUGAGUGAAUUGAAGAAGU